GAUGGCGUCGUCGCCCACGGCGAAGGACGCGAAGGUCUUGCCGGCGUUGGGGGCGUCGGUGCCGCGCGCGGAGCGGGGCUGUGUGCUCAGGGGCGCCGUGUCGGGGACGCCGAGCAGCUCGUCGGCUGUGAACCAGAGGCCGCCGCUUUCGCUCUUCAGGGCGGCGCUGUACGCGCUUCGCAGUGUUGCGAUUUGGGCGUCGAGCUUCUGCGCCGUCGCGUGGCCUGCCGGCAGCGGCUCUUGGCGCGUCUUUUGCGCGGCGAGGUGCAAGUCGAUCCACGUCUGCGUCUUUGGGGGGAGUGCCUGGUCCGAGCUGCGGACGGCCUUGAGGAGCGCGAAUAGGUCUGGCCGUUUGUGCCACGCGCUCCAUGCUGCGCUGUACGUGUUCCAGGCCGCUUCCGCUGCGCGCUUGGCGGCGUGGUUGGGGCCUUCCCGUCUCAGCGUGCGGAUCAUGCCUAGGUCGCCGUCAACCUCGUUCUCCGUGUCGGACCAGGGGCGGACUGUGUUGUCGAUUGUAGCGGCGGAAAGGGGCUGGACUGUGGUGGAGAUGGUGUCGAGCGCGGCGUCGAAUUUUUUGAUGAUGUCGGUCAUUACCUGGGGGAUCUCGUCCGUGUCGAACACACGCUGGGGUGGGUGGGGAGGUGUCGCCAUGGUGUCAAGUCCUGAAAUGCGUUGAAUCUUGUAUUUUCGGAUGAGGCCUCUGUUCUCGUUGGGCGGAUGUAGCUUGGGCAGACCCCGAAUUGUUGCUGUUGCGGUUAACGAGCUAAUAGUCGGGUGGAAAAAUACCAGAGGAGGUGCGGCAACCUCGGAGGGCGAGUGGUAUUUAUACCCGCCCGAGGGCAAACGCUCGAGCCGCUAUUGUGUCUCAGCACGAGCGAGUCACAGUAUUGCAAGUAAUAACCCUUGUUGUAGUAGCUCCGCAGAAUGUACAAUGUAGGCGUCGACGGGUGAGCACCUGUUUGCCCAUGUCACGGAGAAUUUUGAAAAAC